AAAAAGCAGCCGUGCACAGCAGUUCAUUCGCACAAAGCUCCCGGCCUUCACACGUUCUCUCGUAUAAACACUGCACAACCACAUAGCCCACUACUUUUUCUGAAUCGUCUCUCCCAAAAAAAAUCCCCCAAUUUUUGCAUUUCCAUCAUCGACGAUUUCCCGGAAAUCUCUGUUUUCCGAUUUAUUCUCUCUCAUCGCACGUAAAUUCUUCCUUUAUUCGAUCGACUCCAAGUAUCAAUUUCUUGCUGAAAUUUCAAAUCUAGGGUUUCGAUCAUCUUUCAGUACUUUCAACCAUGAAUCAAGAAUAUGAUUACCUCUUUAAGCUUUUGCUUAUUGGAGAUUCUGGCGUUGGAAAGUCAUGCCUUCUGCUGAGAUUCGCGGAUGAUUCAUACGUGGAGAGCUACAUUAGCACUAUUGGUGUUGAUUUUAAAAUUCGUACAGUCGAGCAGGAUGGGAAAACCAUUAAGCUGCAAAUUUGGGAUACUGCAGGACAAGAACGCUUUCGGACCAUUACAAGUAGUUACUACCGAGGUGCUCAUGGAAUUAUAAUUGUAUAUGAUGUAACAGAUCAACAAAGCUUUGAUAAUGUCAAGCAGUGGCUGAACGAAAUUGACCGGUACGCAAGUGACAAUGUUGUCAAAAUUUUGGUCGGAAACAAAUCUGAUUUGACUUCCAACAAGGUGGUGUCAUCUGAAACUGCAAAGGCAUUUGCUGAUGAGAUUGGUAUCCCAUUCUUGGAAACAAGUGCGAAGAAUUCAACAAAUGUAGAAGAAGCCUUCAUGACAAUGGCAGCAGAGAUCAAGAAAAGAGUGGCAAGCCAGCCUGCAUCAAAUGCUACCAGACCCACAACAGUACCAAUCCGUGGGCAACCCGUGGGCCAAAAGUCUAACUGUUGCUCGUAAUCUACCGGUCUUUUCUGUUAUGCUGCUAAUGCCGGGUAUGCAAUGGAUCGGGACUGCACAGCCAAAAAGACUGUGGAAUGCGUUAGUUCAUCAGUCUUACUGUGUUUUCAUGUCUGUAUAUUAUGCUUCACUCUAUGAAAUUGAUGUUGGAUCUUUUUACGUGUUGGAUAGAAAGUUCAAAUUUGUUAAUGUCUUCAAUAGCUUGACAUACACUUAAAACUGGUGGUUGGUUCACAACCCUAUGCAAGGAACUGUUUAUUUGCUUUUAGAUAA